ACCCAGCUCCCUCAUUCAACCACUCGCUCUUAUAAUUAAACAAAAAAAAACAAAAAAAAAACCGCCAAACCCGUUUGUUUCUCGAGAAAAUUCAAAAGACUCUAUUCAAUCAAUUCAAUUAUUUCUCCUUAUAUUUUCCAGUUCCGUUGAUAGAAAGGGAGAAAGGUCAAUACAAGAAUGACGUCGGGGACGAGAAUGCCGACGUGGAAGGAGCGAGAGAACAACAAAAGAAGAGAAAGGAGAAGGAGAGCGAUUGCAGCGAAGAUCUAUGCUGGACUUAGAAUGUACGGGAAUUAUAAGCUACCAAAACACUGUGACAAUAAUGAAGUGCUUAAAGCUCUCUGCAACGAAGCUGGUUGGACUGUUGAAGAAGACGGCACUACAUAUCGAAAGGGAUGCAAACCUGUGGAACGCAUGGAUAUUACAGGUGGGUCUGCAUCAGCUAGUCCAUGUUCAUCUUACCGUCAGAGUCCAUGUGCAUCCUAUAAUCCAAGUCCUGCCUCAUCUUCGUUUCCUAGUCCUGUUUCAUCCCGUUAUGCUGCCAAUGGUAAUGGUAAUGUUGACGCUGAUGCCAAUUCCCUCAUCCCAUGGCUUAGAAACCUCUCUUCCGGCUCAUCCUCAGCCUCACCCAAGCAUCCUAACCACCUCUUCAUUCACACUGGUUCCAUAAGUGCUCCCGUCACCCCUCCAUUGAGCUCCCCUACUGCACGAACUCCCCGUACUAGAAAUGACUGGGACGACCCAGCUGCUGGCCAAUCUUGGAUGGGGCAGAACUACUCAUGUCUGCCCUCGUCUAUGCCCUCGUCUACACCACCUAGUCCUGGUCGUCAGGUUCUACCAGAUUCAGGUUGGCUAGCUGGUAUUCAAAUCCCCCAAAGCGGACCCUCAUCACCAACAUUUAGUCUUGUGUCUCGGAAUCCAUUUGGCUUUAAAGAGGAGGCGUUAUCAGGUGCAGGGUCCCGAAUGUGGACUCCUGGACAAAGCGGGACAUGCUCUCCUGCAGUUCCGGCAGGCAUUGAUCAGACAGCUGACGUGCCAAUGUCAGACAGUAUGGCAGCUGAGUUUGCAUUUGGAAGUAACGCAGCAGGGUUGGUGAAACCAUGGGAAGGAGAGAGGAUCCAUGAGGAAUGUGUUUCUGAUGAUCUUGAGCUUACACUUGGAAACCCUAGUACGAGGUAAAUUGGAGUGAAUCUCGGGCUGAAUGAGUGUAAAGCAUGUAUUGUUUUGUAUCGUGCAUCAUUCGGUCGACAGGGCAGCCGAGUUAGAAGUACAGUGAGUAGGAGCGCCUCUUCAUCCUUCUUUUUCUUUAUUUCAUUUCAAAAAAAGAAAAGAAAAGAGAGAACUGAGAAUUAAGUUACAAAUAGUUCAUGGUGGUGACUUUGCCCCUUCAGUUCAAUUCAUUCUUCUUUUGGGAUUCUUUUUUUUCCUUUUCUCCCCGUCGGGAAAAAAAGAAAGAAGAGAAGUUUCCAUCAUAGCGUUGAUACUUGUAUGGUGUGAUUUCUGUUUUGUGAUUGAAAGUUAAGUUAAUUUCAAUAUUAACCGAUUAGUUCUGGAGUUU